CUUGCCGUAGCCGACUACGUUGACAACAUGGCGUCCACGGAUGUCCACGUCCGAAUAUGUGAACAAGAAAUACUUAAAUAUGAUUUGGAAAUCAAGGCUCUCGUCCAGGAUAUUAACGAGUGUGAAGGCCCUCAAAGCCGGCUGACAGAACUGAACGCAGAUGUGAAAAAGAGUUUUCACAAUCUCAGAUUGCGUAUUCAGGAUUUAGAGCAGAUGGCGAUGGAGCAAGACAAAGAGUCUGACAAGCAGAACUUGAUGGCUCAAGUGGAGGGACACAGAAAGCAGAUGCUCAGUAACCAGACAGUUUGGAGGAAAGCCAACCUGGCCAGCAAACUGUCCAUAGACAACAUGGAGAAACAGGCUCUACUGAGGGGACCGGACAGUACUACGAGGCAGAGAAAGAUGACCAAAGAGGGCCUGGCUCAGACCACCAGUGACAUCACAGAGAAUCUGAUGAGCAUCAGCCGGAUGAUGGCGCAGCAAGUCCAGCAGAGCGAGGAGACCAUAACAACACUGGCGACCUCCUCGAGGACGGUCCAAGAGACCAACGAUGAGUUUAAGACCAUGACGGGGACCAUCCAGCUCGGGAGGAAACUCAUCACCAAGUACAACCGCCGAGAGCUGACAGACAAGCUGCUCAUCUUCCUGGCGCUCGCCCUCUUCCUCGCCACCGUCCUCUACAUCCUCAAGAAGAGACUGUUCCCCUUCUUGUAGACCAGGUACCUUCUGAGGACUCUUCCCGGUCCACAAACAGUACUUUACAUAGUCAGCCUGAAGGAUGUAAACAACUUUGAAUGCUGCUUCUCACAUCAGUGUCUGCUCAGAGGAGUGUGGACGACUCCCUCUGCUGCUCUGUGAUGCUGC